AUGUCAGCUGAGACUUCCCCUCACCUUCCUCCCCACCUCCCACCACCGGGGUAUAAUCAGCACUCCAACCCUCUCACUUCCACCCCUUCCCACAUGUCUCAUCCGCCUACAUUACAUGACUCACCCUACGGUCCAGGAGACACAUCCAUCACCUCGAUAAAGACCGACGAAUCAUCCGUGAACGACUCACCAGCUCCCGUCGCGUCGUCGAAAGGAAAGAACGGAGCAACUGGACCAGCAGAAGGAAAGACGAAACCACACGUCUGUCCAAUCUGUAAUAGAGGAUUCACAACAGGAGGUCAUUUGCAGAGACAUCAUAGAAUUCAUACGGGUGUUAAAGCUUUCAAAUGUCCUUUCCCAGGUUGUGAGACAAAGACUAGCAGGCAGGAUAAUUUGCAGCAACACUAUCGAACCCAUCUUUCACCCACUCUACGUCGUGGUUCUGGCUCAGCUGCUCGAGCCGCCGUCAACGCUGCUAUGGAAGCUGCCGGUCUGAAAUCUUCCUCCCGUGCAUCUCGAAAAUCCAAAGGUUCUGCCGGCGGUACACCUUCCUCCACUGCCAGUGGUGGACACCUCCCUUCACCUUAUGCUACUCCCACAAGUCAAGGUCCAGCUCCCUACGCGCCGUACAUGUACGACCCUCAACAUGGCUAUCCUGCUUAUCCCAUCCCUCCACCUGGUGUCAGUCUCGCUCAAUCCCAAUCAGCUGCUUCCAGUCGAGUCCCUUCACCCGUCAAUGGUCAUUCCUCGGGACAUUCCAGUGUAGGCUCAAUGCCGCCAGCACACCAACAACCUUUCUUCUCUCAACCUUACACUUCACCUUACACCGCUUAUCCCGGAGUACACCAACAGCCUUAUCGAUAUGGACCUGCUGGAGGGAUCCCGUCACCUUACGGUGCACACCCACAUCAUGGACUAUACUCUCCUGGCCUAGCGUCGGAACAUGGUCAACACAUGUACAGUCCUAUGCAGAGUAACUUCCAGACUCAUUCUAGGGAAUCUUCCUAUGGGGUGCUUACACCCGGAUACGGUGGAAACCCAAUGGCCAAUGGUUAUCCACCUCGAACUCAGACUUCCACACCGCUAAGUCAGACUCAUGACGAUUACGGCCGACGACCACCCUCGCCGGGAAGUAUGAAUGGAAGUAGACGAAGGUCACCUCCGCAUGAUAUGCUUGGACAAGGUGUUGUAGAUCCUUCAAGUAUGUCGACGAGAAUGGGUGGUCCACCCGGUAUAGCCGCUUAUGGAGGAGGAGGGGGGUAUGGACAUCACCAUAAUGGUAUGCCACCUUAUGGAUAUGGUCAACCGAUAUCACAACCUCAUUCUAGAAAUCCAUCGGGUCAUAGAGCGAGUGUAUCGAGUUUGUCGGAGGAUGGAUCAGGGAACGGUGGAUCAGAAGGUUCAAAGGGUGAGUAG